AUGCCUGAAAUCGGUUCAUGUACUGAUAUAACAUGUGAUGAUGAAAUCAAAGCAUUAUAUGAAUGUCAUUGUUGUUUACGUCUUGUUUGUUUACAUCAUUUAAUUCAACAUGUUGAAAUAACAAAACAAAAUAAACAACGAUUAGAUAAUCUUCGUAAUGAAUUAAAUACAGUUAUAACUACAUUUAAAGAAAUUGUUGAAGAAAAACUAUUAAUUAUUGCACGCGAUCAAAACUUGAUUGAACAAGCAAAAAAACUUCUUGAUAUACCUAAUAGUUCAAUUGAUGAACUACAAAAUAUUUUCGAAAAAAUCAAUCAAACAAUAACAUUAAAUCUUUCAGAAACCGUAUUGAAAGUCGAAUCAUCAUUAAUAGAAAGUCGAUCUUGUUCUUGUAUUUGCAAAUGUAAUGAGAAAAAAGUGAAUUCAUAUGAUGAUAGAUAUUCAAUGCAUAUCAAUCAUAAUGUCAUUGACACUAAUUUAUUUAAAAAUAUUUUUGAUGAAUGUCCAUUAACAUUUGAUGGAGCAUAUGGUCUUACUCAAACAAAUCAUUCUAUUGAACUUUGUGAGCAUGGAAACAAUCGUCGAAUUGGCUUAUAUUAUCAUUUCAUUUAUAAACAUCAAUUAAAAAAAUUUUAUGCUCAACAUUUAGUAAGAGCUGUUGUCAAUAAUCGAGAUCCUGGGACUACAAAAUUAUUUGAUGAAAAUGAAGGUGUAAUUGACCAUUUUUAUAAAGUGUCAUGUCCCUUUUUUAAUGGACGAAUUAAUUCAACACAAUAUAGUCGACAAAAUGUAGAAAACGUACCAUGUCAACGUCGUUCACUUCCACUUCGUUAUGAUUUUGAAUAUGUCUGUGAACAUUAUCUUCCAUUGAUUGUUGAUCGAAUAAUUUCAUUUUAUCUUUCCGAUAAUGAUGAGACGCCUCAUUUACCUGAAUUAUUUUUGUCUCAUGGUUAUACUUUAGAUCAAUUCAAAUAUUUACAAUCACUUUCACUUUAUUCUAUUUCUUCGAUCAAUAUAUUAAAUCAAAUAAUAUUUCAAUGUCGUCAUCUUCGACAAUUGACACAUCUUUACAUAAUUAAAUGUUAUUUUCAUUGUGAAGAAAAAGACAAUCGCUUCUUAAUGAACAAUAUUUGGAAUAUUUCAAAACUUAUUUAUUGUAAUCUUGAUUGUUUUCAUCCAGAUAAUAAUGUUUUCAUUGCAAGUACAAUAAUAUCAGAAUCAAUCAAAUAUCUUAUCAUGAAAAAUAUCAAAUGUGAUUUAAAUAAUCUAUCUUAUUUAUUACAAUGUACACCUCAUCUUCGACAACUUUAUACAACUAUUUCGUGUCAAUUACAAAAUGAAGAAUUAAGAAAUAUUUUUUCAUCAAUUAUAUCAUUGAAAUUAAUAUAUUUAGGUUCAAGUGACUCAAUGAAAUAUCUUUUUUCAGAAUCUAAAAAAUUUAUCUUAUUUGACACUUGA